GAGGGCGCGCGCCCGCGUCUGCCAGCGUCUAUCCAUUGAAAUUUGGCUCUGUCUCUCGCACACACACAUACACGCGGACAGCGAUGCAGAGUAGGAGGGUCAAGCAGAGCUAUGUGAUGGGACUGACUUUAUAGAGGAAUAUCUACAGGCACUUUCAAUAGAGACUGAAAAGGCUCGGUGUCGCAGUCUGUUGGCGGAUGUUAAACUGAUCAACGCGCUUUAACUGAUAGCUGCGAUCUGUUUCUAACUGUCUGUACUGCUAGUGGAUUUUAUAUAUUCGACAUUGUUUGACUAAAUGCGGUUAUUUCUUCUUCGAGGAACAAUUCAGAGCACUACACGGAUAACCUUACCUUCGCAUUAUAAUGGGAGCGCUUUGUUUCCGAAGUUGGACUAUAGUGAAGUAGCACCAAUUUAAAUAUUUAGGUGCUGCCAUUGCGACCUUUCGUCCAUUUUGUCUUUACGCCAAACAGUUUUCAUUACUUCCGUGGGUUUUAAGCUGAUGACCGGUAAAUACUGAUGUAAGGAAGACAAAAACUGAUUCAGCUAAGAAUGGGACCUAAUCGGAUGAAGUUUCAACGUUAAGCUACCUUGUGGUGAGUGUUUUUGGGGUUGAAGCCAUGCUGAUCUUUAGUGCCGGGUGGUGGAGUGUGGUCUUGCACCAGAGCCUGUGCUGCUGAAGCCUUGUGCUGCUCCCCCAUGGCUCUAUGGGAGCUGCUGUUGCUGACUUUCAGCCUCCGCUGCUGGCUGACAAGCUCUGUCAGUUUAGCUGAAGAAGGCCCUGCAGGUCCCCUGGACUGGCUUCUUUCUGACAAAGGCCCGUUUCACCACUCACAAGAGUACACUGAAUUUGUGGAGAGGAACCGUCAGGGAUUUUCAACGAGAUACAAGAUCUACAGGGAAUUUGGCCGGUGGAAAGUGAAUAACUUGGCUGUAGAACGACGGGAUUUCCUGAACUCCCCUUUGCCUCUCACCCCGGAGUUUAUAAGAAACAUUCGACUCCUGGGACGCAGACCCACUGCCCAGCUAAUUACUGACAACCUGAUCAAGAAAUAUGGAACCCAUUUUCUACUGUCAGCUACACUAGGAGGAGAGGAGGCUCUGACUAUAUUUGUGGACAAGAGGAAGUUGAGUAAGAAAGCAGAGGCGAGCGACUACACCAGUAACAGCACGGCUGUGACUCUGGAGGCCCUGCACCAGCUGGCUGCCUCCUAUUUCAUAGACAGAGAGAGUACUCUGCGAAAACUGCAUCACAUCCAGAUUGCUUCCACAGCCAUCAAGGUAACUGAAACAAGGACUGGCCCUCUCGGCUGCAGUAACUAUGACAACCUUGAUUCUGUCAGUUCUGUACUGGUUCAGAGUCCCGAGAACAAAGUCCAUUUGCAAGGUUUGCAGGUCAUUUUGCCCGAUUAUCUCAGAGACACUUUCGUCCAAGCAGCACUUAGUUACAUUGCCUGCAAUGGAGAAGGAAGCUUUGUCUGUCGAGACAAUGACUGCUGGUGCAAAUGUGACCCCAAGUUCCCAGAGUGCAACUGCCCCUACAUGGAUAUUCAGGCCAUGGAGGAAAGCCUUUUGCGAAUCUCUGAAUCAUGGGCUCUUACCUACAAAGAGUUUGAAGAUUCAGAUGAGUUCAAAACAUUUCUGAUGAGGCUGCCACAGAAUUUCUUCCUCAAUUCCUCAAUGAUCCAACAUUUGUGGUCGCUGGAUGGUGUAUUUCAGCGGCGCUAUGAGCAGCUGGAAAGCAGCAUGAAAAGUCUCUUCAAGCGAGCCCAGCGAGUGGUUUACAAGCUCUUCAGCCUCAGCAAGAGGUGCCAAAAGCAGCCCCACAUCAACUUACCGCGUGAAAGGCCACAGUCGUACUGGCUGAACUACUUCCAGUCUUUAUUAUACUGCUCAGAGAACAACCAGCUAGGAUCCUUCUCAGAAGAGCUUCACACUUGCAUUUGUGCAUAUGACCACAGUUCCUGCCAGGUACCCACACCAUGCUCUGUGGGUGAAGGUGCCGCCUGCGCCGCUUGCGCUAGCGACAACCACACUCGCUGCGGAAGCUGCAACAUCGGCUACAUGUUAAGUCAAGGAACCUGUCGACCAAUGGUUGCAGAUUCCACCGAGAACUACCUGGGCUUUGAGACUGACCUUCAAGAUCUGGAACUACGCUACCUUCUACAGAGAGCCGAUCGACGUUUGGAAGUCCACGCUAUCUUCAUUAGCAAUGACAUGCGGCUGAAUAGCUGGUUCGAUCCUUCGUGGAGGAAGAGGAUGCUGCUUACGCUAAAGAGUAACAAAUACAAAUCCAACUUGGUCCAUAUGCUCCUAGGCAUCUCUCUACAAAUUUGCCUUACGAAAAACAGCACUCUAGAACCUGCGCUCACGCUCUUUAUCAAUCCCUUCGGAGGGAGCCACUCAGAAAGCUGGUUGAUUCCUGUGAACGAGAACAGUUUUCCAGACUGGAAGUCUGCUAAGCUGGACCUCCCACUAGAAUGCUUUAACUGGACCUUGACUUUGGGCAACAAGUGGAAGACCUUCUUCGAGACCAUCCACAUUUACCUGAGGAGCCGCAUCAAAACUCCAGGCACCGGAGCUAAUGACAGCGUUUAUCUGGAGCCUUUGGAAAUGGCUGAUCCUACUAGAAAUCUGGGGUAUAUGAAAAUCAACAGCAUUCAAGUGUUCGGUUACAGCAUGCAUUUCGACCCGGAAGCGAUCCGGGACUUGAUCCUCCAGCUGGACUACCCGUACACGCAGGGCUCGCAGGACUCGGCCUUGCUCCAGCUGCUGGAGAUCCGGGACCGGGUCAAUCGACUCUCUCCACCGGGCCAGCAACCUCUGGACCUGUUCUCCUGCUUAUUACGGCACCGUCUCAAACUGACAGCUAAUGAGGUGGUGCGCAUUCACGCCUCACUCCAGUCUUUUAAUGCUCGUCUCCCCAGUUCUCUGGAUUACGAGACCACUAAACUCUGUAGCUAACGGCUAAAGCAUCAUAGCAGACAGCAAUAGAACAACUGUAAAAAUGCAGAGUAGACUGUUAAGUCAAAAAUGCAAUGGCUUACAGACACUUUUGGACACUGAUGAAAGUUUUUUUGUGACCUUAUGUUCACUAGUAGAUCAUCUUGCUCAAAAACAGACUCAUUUUUAUUGUAUAGUACACUGAGUUCAAAGAAGAGAUUUUAAAAAUAUAUGGAGUGUUUGUUUGUAAUUUUUAUAUGUUUUUUUUUUUCUUUUGCUUCAGUGACAGUGCGCUUUCCUCGGAAAGAAUACAGUGAUGUCAGUCAAUUUUGUAGAUAAAUUGUUAUUAAAACAUCAUGGUUGUAAUGGAGUAAUGGUUGCAUUAUUUAUCAGCAUAUUUUUAUUGCUACGUGACAGUUUAGUUUAUUGGAAAAUGAAACACAUUUUAUAUUUGCAGUUGAGUGCACUUAAUGAGGAAUUAAAUACAUUGAACAUGACAUAUGACUUUGAUAAAAUAAUAAUGAAACAGAUUUAUUGACAUAAUUAUAUUAUAUGCUUGUUAGGUUCAUGUUAAUUUGUUUUUAUUCACAUUUCAUUGAGAGAGAGUGUUUUUUUUUUUUUUUCCUGUACAUCAUCAGUACAGUAGAGUAUUACAAAUAACUCAUAUUUAUAUUCUGAAUUACAUUUAUUACAGUCACUUGUAUUAAUGACCAUCCUGAACCAUAUUGGCACAGUUAUUCUAGGCUUUUAAGCCAUUUUUAUUAAAAAAGUUUAACAAAAGACACAGUAUAAAAGACCCUUCAGCCGCUUAAGCUUUUUUUUCCCCAGGUACAGUCAUUAUUGAGGUCAGAUGUAAAAAGAUCUGUAAUAUAAUAUUAAAAAAUUAUGAAUGGAGCCAUAUAUAUGCAAUGUUUUUGGGCUGAAUUUUUUUCUAUUGAUAUUCUGGAUUCAUCUAAGAAUUGUUUAUUUUCAGUAUUUGGAAUUCAGGACUUGUACUUGUCUAAUCAUGUUUUCAUUAUUCUUAUUUAUUCAUGUCUUUCUUUUGAACAUUGGUUUAUUUUAACCACACAGUUUGUUAUAUCAGAACAAAGCUGUUUCUCUGAAUCAUAAAAUAUAUAUGAUUACAAACAAGCCUUAUAUUGGAAUGUAACAGUGAUGCCAAAAUGGGACAAAGAUUGUGGAAUCCAGUGUGCCUUUGUGACUAUACAGUAUACAGUUUUGCUUUACUUAUUUUGUGCAUCUCAGUAUAUAAUGCAUUUUUUGCUGUUCAUGCUUGUCAGAAAUGGAUUUUUUUCCAGUUCAGUUAUUUCUCACUUUCUUCUUGCAUAGCAGUAUUAAUUUAGACAGUGUGAAUGCUAAUUACUUAGAAUCAACACAUGAUGACAGAUUACGUUAAUGCCAACAAAAGUGUCAAUCGCCUCUUCAGAAUCUGUGUUUGCACCUUUUACCUAGAACUAGCACAAUAAAA